AUGAAGACACCUGAGACUGCUAGUGCGAUUAAAUUUCCUAGAGUUAUCGAUUUCACAAACAUGAAUGCCUAUUUUACUAAAAAUACACCCCUCGACGUGAAUCAAUACAGCACUAAUACCGAUGAUAAAGUCUCAAAUGCGAAUAAUAAUUUUAACAACGAUUUUGAUAAAAAUGCCAAAACCCUUCCGCACCUAAAGUAUAACGACUUUAACCUUAAUAGCGAAGCCCAGAAGAACGAGAAGGACGUAGCGAAACUUAAUUAUUUAGCAAAUCAAGAAUUUUCUCAAAAUUAUUUUAAUAAUAAAAAUAAGCUCAAAGGAAAGUACAGUUUUAAUAACGAUAAAUUAAGAAAACCUUGGGAUUACAGCAAUAAAUACGAAAAUGGUAAAAAGUCCCCUAUACGCUAUGAAUACACUACAAAUCAUACAGCCUUAGGUUCGAAGUAUGGGAAUCCUUACAAACGUCCUUUUAACAGCAACAUCGAUGAAAUAUCUCCUGCCAGCAGCAAUCUCGAUUUUUAUAAUUAUCAACACCCUAGUACGGAAUUGGGCAACAUUAAAAAUAGCCCCUUUUUAAAAUCGCCCUUUGAUGACAGUGACAGCAAUGAUUUAAGUAUCUUGUCUGAGAAAUUUAAACCUGUAAACGAUUAUGAGAGUAGUUUGAAAACCUUUUACACCACACCCCUCACGAUAACAUCACAUUGGGGUAAUUCAUUUAAAACGAAUGAGUUUCCUUCACAUAAAACUAAUUUUCGAAAACCAGUAUUUCAAGAAGACCACGAUGAUAUCGUACACAUUCCUAAAAGACCUUCGAGUGGUAAAUAUGGAACGCACUUUGAAAUCAGUUCCCUCGGGGACUGGGCCCACAAGUUUAAACCAUACGGCUACAAAAAUCAAUACGAAUGGCCUAAAGAAAGCAACAGGUACACAUCGGAAGAAGAUCUGUUAGACCUAAGAAAUCAUGAUUUGGCACAUUCCUCUCACCCACCCUUCAGACCAGGAUACAACGAUAGGCCCGAAGAGUUUGACUAUAAAAAACUAGUCGACAAAUGGAAACAAAGUUACUUGAAAUCAAAAUACAAAGAUUCCAUCCGUGAAUAUGAGACCUACGCAUCAGAAACGAAACCCAUCCACGUUCCAGUGCCAAAGCCGUACCCUAUAGAAGUACCUCAUCCAGUGAUAGUGCCAGUUCCUCAACCUUAUCCGGUUCACGUCCCGGUACCGAAACCUGUAGCGAUACCGGUUAUUCGGGAGAUAACCGUGCCGAUUGAGAAGCCAGUGCCUUACCCGGUCUACAAAAAGGUUCCAUAUCCGGUAGAAAAGCCGGUGCCUGUACCUGUUGAAAAACAGGUACAUGUACCAAUAAUGAAACCGUACCCCGUCGCCGUGCCACAAGUCAGGCCUCUGUUUCAUCACACGCGGCCUCAUGAUGAACGAGAACCUGACUUGGAAGACGAUGAAGAGUAUCAGUCUCGGCCGGAGAGCACCAAGAGAAUACCGAAUUUGAAGCGGCCAAAAAAUAAAAGACAGCCACCACGUAGGCCUUCACGUAUGACGUACCAUGAUCGGGAUAGACGGCGGGGACCACAACGCCGACCACCUUCCUGGGACCAGAGAUACAGACACACGUAUAGUGAACGUCGUCCGUACAGACAUCAGGAUGAAUACGAAGAAUAUGAACCAGAUUACGUAUAUUGCAAACGAACUGGAAAUUGUUAAGAGAAUUUAUUUGUUAGGGAAAAAUAAAUUGGGGUGAGUGAAAAACCUUUUCCCUGAUAGUCAAUAGGUCAAGAUUGGCUCGAGAAAUCUAUUGAGUAUUUCGUGAUUAAGACUGCCCUACCCGCAGACCAAUAUUAUUUUCUAAACUCGAAGGCAACAGUGGAAACAGGCAGCACUUACCCCAAAAUAAAAUUAAGGUUUUCUAUCCAAUUGCAUUUUCCUUAGGUGACCUUUGUUUACUUUUACAUAAUAAGCCUAAGCCGUUGUGAUUUUAAGUAAGAACUUCGUUGUAUCGGUAUGCCGUAUGUGCCAAAGUUUCUUUAAGUCUGUUUCGAUUUAACCAUCAAAUGUUUACGUUGUUUUAGGGUUAAGUUGCGUGUAUAAAGUAAUCUAGAAAUGUUUUAUUAUUAGUUAAUUAUAUAUUAUAAUUAAAUGACGUCGCUUUUAAUUUUUGUCAAAACAGUUUUUUUAUCUGUGUUUCAUUUAUCAGAGAGGUUUAUUGUAGCGAACAAUUUAACACAUUUGUAACUUUAUGUUAUAUUCCUUCCUUGAUUAACGGGAUGAAACGUAAAAAAGAUAUUUUACGUUCCGAUCAAUAAUGGUCAAAGUUGGACUACUUGAGGUGAAUAUCUUUGAUUUUGUUCAAUUAGUUUCUUACAUUUCGUUAAUAAUUAUUAAAUGCUCAUGAAUGAAUGAGAAUGGUAUGAGAUUUAAGAGGUAUAUAGAAUGUAUAGAGAUACCCUUCCAUAUUUAAUCAAUAUUACACCUCAUUAAAAGGUACAUUGCACCUGGGACUUAAACAUCUCGAAUGCUUGCAACGAAGGUCAUUGACAAUGCAUCUAGUGUUAUUAACACGUUAUCGGGGGAUGAAGUUUCGGUCUCGCAUGGAUGCGCGCUUUUACCAACGCUCUGCUGGACAUGGCUCUCAUUCCGUGUUAAUUCUCGAGAAUUUAGUUCCUAACGAUGCUCGUAAUGUAAAUUGGAAAAUCAAUGUUGUGUUUAAGCAAGUACGUAUUUUGCUUAAACACAACAUAUAUAUAUUGUCUUUAGGCGUGUUGUGGCUGUGGUCAUUAAUUUUCCAACCUUCAUUACAAGUCCCAGGUUAGGUCCCACCUAUUAAUGAGGUGUAAUAAUCAUAUGUAAAACGUUAGGCCACUUUUAACGAAUUCGGCAAAUGUUAUUUUCCGGAGUAUCAGAUGGAAGGAAACUAUACGUUUGUAUAGUAGAGAAGCUAAGAAGCAGAAUAUUAAU